UCAGGUUCUCUUCUCGACUUGACAAAUGAGAAACUGGGAUUUCUUGCUUUUACCCAUUCCCGGUGGCGGCCAUAUUGUGGGAUGCGUGGUUGCAAGUUAAACCCAAUUCAGAGCGGAGGGAGGAGGCACAUCUGCGGGAGUCCGUCAUGCGUCCUAGAGCUGUCUUUUGUCGUGUAACAUAGCCACACAAUCUCUACCGGUUCCGGUUUAAAGGUUUUUGUUUGCCAGGGUUGAUUACUGUUAGCCUACUAUUUUUAUACUGUAGCAAAGGAACACAAUCAAGUAACGUGACUGGAUUAAUAAUUUCUAUCACGGAUUUCCCUCUGUUGAGCACAGCAGUUAUUGAUCUCGUCUCGUGAGGUGUUCACAUGGUAAAGGAAUGGGACAGACUGUGAUUUUCAAGUUUAACACAAAAAUACCACACUGAGUGCCCCCCCGAAACAAUUAUUGAGGACGAAGUGGUCGGGAGGCGUAUGUAACCUCAAGAAAAGAGAACCGAAUCGGGAAAGGCUUGACUAUGGGCUGUGUCAAGAGUAAAGAGGACAAGGGUCCUACACAGAAGUACCGACCAGAUCCCACCAAUCCCACCCCUGGGUCACACUUGGGUCUCUACGGACCAGAACCCACUCAGAUCGGCCAGUCUCCUUCCGUAAAGGGCCCCACAAACAACUUCAACAGCCGCACGUCUGGGCUCACCCCAUUUGGUGGCUCCUCCUCUGUCAUCACACCAUUCGGUGGGGCCGCCUCCUCUUCCUUCUCCACUGUUGCCGUGAGCAACCCCUUCCCCGGUGCCGUCACAGGCGGUGUCACUUUCUUUGUGGCCUUAUAUGAUUAUGAAGCCAGGACAUCAGAUGAUCUGUCCUUCAAGAAAGGCGACAGAUUUCAGAUCAUCAACAACACAGAGGGAGACUGGUGGGAGGCACGAUCCAUCAACACCGGGCAUAAGGGCUACAUUCCCAGCAAUUACGUGGCCCCUGCCGACUCCAUCCAAGCAGAAGAAUGGUACUUUGGGAAAAUGGGUCGUAAAGAUGCUGAGCGAUUGCUGCUGGUUCCUGGUAACCAGCGAGGCACUUUCUUGGUCAGAGAAAGCGAGACCACUAAAGGGGCGUACUCUCUCUCAAUACGGGACUGGGAUGAGAUGAAGGGAGACAACGUGAAACACUACAAAAUCCGAAAGCUUGACAACGGUGGCUAUUAUAUCACCACUAGAGCACAGUUUGAGACUCUACAGAAACUGGUGAAGCAUUACACAGAGCAUGCAGAUGGGCUGUGCUACAGACUGACUGCGGUAUGUCCGACGGUGAAGCCCCAGACUCAGGGUCUGGCUAAAGAUGCAUGGGAGAUCCCAAGAGAAUCACUGCGUCUGGAGCUCAAACUGGGUCAGGGCUGCUUCGGCGAAGUCUGGAUGGGAACAUGGAAUGGCACAACUAAAGUAGCUAUAAAGACUCUAAAGCCUGGUACCAUGUCUCCUGAAGCCUUCCUGCAAGAGGCCCAAAUCAUGAAGAAGCUUCGGCAUGACAAGCUGGUGCCCCUGUACGCCGUUGUGUCUGAGGAGCCAAUUUACAUUGUCACAGAGUACAUGGGCAAAGGGAGUUUACUGGACUUCUUAAAGGAAGGUGAGGGCAAAUACCUCAAGCUGCCCCAGCUGGUGGAUAUGGCUGCCCAGAUUGCAGAUGGCAUGGCCUUCAUUGAGAGGAUGAACUACAUCCACAGAGACCUAAGGGCUGCUAACAUCCUGGUGGGUGACAAUCUGGUCUGCAAGAUAGCCGACUUCGGCCUGGCCAGACUAAUUGAAGACAACGAAUACACUGCUAGACAAGGAGCCAAGUUUCCCAUUAAGUGGACUGCACCAGAGGCAGCUUUGUAUGGCCGAUUCACCAUCAAAUCUGACGUCUGGUCAUUCGGUAUUCUGCUGACUGAGCUGGUGACUAAGGGCAGAGUGCCAUAUCCAGGCAUGGUGAACAGAGAGGUGCUGGAACAGGUGGAGCGGGGCUACAGGAUGCCGUGUCCUCAGGGCUGUCCGGAGUCGCUGCACGAAAUGAUGCGACUCUGCUGGAAGAAGGAGCCCGACGAGCGGCCCACAUUUGAGUACAUCCAGUCCUUCCUGGAGGACUAUUUCACCGCCACUGAGCCACAGUACCAGCCCGGAGACAACCUGUAGAGACCCUGCAGGACCAGAGACUCACCAUCACGUGCUAAUAAGCCACCAGGAUGGUUUCAAAACCCAUUGUGGCACCUCCUCCCUACAGCUCCCCUGCACACUUGUCCUUUAAGAGAUGUUUUUGUUUCUUUUUUUUUUUCUUUUCCUUUCCACCCAGUCAAAUUUAUAAACUUGAUUAGAGCAUUAAACAAGGAAAAAGAUCAUAGCAUGACUUUUUUUUCUGGAUUUUCUCUAUUUGAGGAUGUGUGUGUGGUGGAGGUGAUUGGAUCGGUGUGUGUUGGUUAGAGGGUUUGGAACAGGACCAUAUCACACUCCCAGAGCUCUGCUGGGGUAAUACCUUGCACUGCAGACAAAGGGCGCUGUGAGGGAAGCAAUGAGCUUUGUACUAAUGGCUGGUUCACAGUUGCACAAAAUAUUUUUUUAUAUACAUUUUUUUCUCCUCUUUGCCUGUAUACUUUUUCACAUGAACGCUAAAUCAUAUUGUGAAAUCAAGUCCUUUUUAUUUUAAUGUUGAUUUUUUUUCCCCCCUCAUUUUUUUGUUUUGUUUUGUUUUUAGUAGUAGUUGAGUAGGUUAUUAAAAGUGACCAAUAACUGUGGUUAAAUCUGUUGGUGCUAACAGAGGCAGUUGGGACAGGACUGUGGAAGUCAGAGAAAGACAGGACAUAUAGAGAGAGACUGAUGGAUGAGAGGGCAUUAGCCAUUUUGAAUGUAUGAGAGCUUGAGUUUGGAGUGAAAAUAUUAGAAUUUAUAAGACUGAUUACAGGGACAGAUUUUUUUUUUUUUUUUUUUCUUAAACACUUUUAAAGCAAAUCAUCAUUUUUAUACUUUCAUUUCAUCUAAAUCUAUUAAGACUUUGAUGAGAACUUGAAAUCAUAUCCUGGAAGAUUAUUCAUAUUUUAAAGCUUUUCAUUGGGCAUUUUUGAAGACCUAUUGCCAUUUCAACCAGCUGCUAUUUUUAAAGCAAAAAGUCAAACCUAUUGCAAAUGUACAAAUCUUGUUUUUGUCUUAAGGUCUUCAACUGUAAUUUGGCAGAGAGACCACUGAUUAAAGAAACACUAGGUCAGACCAGUCCAAACAUCAUUCUUUAUGCUGCUGUCAAGACCCGACAUUUAAACACUAAAUAUCACAACAGUAAUGCCUAAGCCUCUUUUUGACGAACAUCAGCAGCAACACUGCCAGGUUUAUGUUCAUCGAUCAGUCUGUGGUGGC